AUGGAAAGCGUAAAAUUACAAGAAACUCUGAUGAAAUCAGUAAUUGAUGGUUAUUCUAUAAAAGGAAUAAAUCUGUCUCUUAUAUCAGCCGGUGUACUAUUCUCAUAUACAGAAAGGGGGAAACUCUUAGUGAAUACUUUAAAAUCGGGUGCUAUCUUUGAUUUUAUUAUUUUUACUACAGUAAUAACCCUUUCUAUUAUGAAAAUAAUUUCUUAUGUAUAUAAAUAUAAUAUUAUAUACAGUAAACAAGAAAAGAACAAUCUGGCCAGGAUUGAGACAUACUUGGGCAUAUUCGGUAUAAUGAUAUUAGGAGUACUAGGGAACAGUCCAUUAUUCAUUAUACUAUCUGUGGUAUCUUCUGUUAUACUUAAUAGUAAUUAUAAGUUUAUUAUUACUCUAUUAAUAACAGGAGGAUUACUAUUCUUAGGUAUACCACUACUUACAUAUCCGUGUAUGUAUAAUAUUAUUAUAUCUAUGGGUAUAUCCUUAUGCUUAUUGGGUAUGUUUAGAUUAGAGUCAAUUAUAAAGAAUGAUAGUAUAAAUAUGUAUGUACACUACUUUAUACUUAUAUCUAUAGUGAUUGGUGGGUUUAUUUAUAGUCCUAUUACAUUCAUAUUAUUACCCAUGGUAUUAUUUAUAUACAUGAAUAUAAAUAAUAAGUAUAUACAUGGAGUAUAUAGUAAGUAUAAGGGUAUAUUAUUACUACUAAUUAAAAUAACGAAAGUAUUAAUAAUAACUGUAAUUAUUACGUUAUUUACGGUGUACUUCUCUGCUUGGUAUACAGAUAACCCGAUUAUUCUUAGGAAAUUCAUAGGUGUAGAAGUAUCUAAAGAUUCUCCUGUGUUUAUUAUGGUAUUAAGCAGUAUUAAGUAUAUUAUAGAUAUGGUAGUGCAUUAUAUGAAUAUAGUAAUAAUGAGCAUAAGGCCAAAAUCAAUCAGUGAUUAUAUACUAAAAUCAAUUGAUAUCAGUACAGUGGAAGUAUCUCACAGUAGUAAUAUAUUCAAGCAGAUUAUUAGUGUAGUAUAUAAGGCAUUUAUGAUUAUAGAUAAUAUACUUGUAUAUGUAAUAGGAGUAUCCAGUAGUAUAGUACAUAUUAUUGCGAGUAUAGUGUGUUAUAUAGUGAUACGGCCUAUUAGUAUAUAUAAUAAUAUCAUACGGAUAAUAACGAAUGGUAUAUCAUAUAUAUUAUAUAUGAUAGAUACGGCACUGUAUUAUGUAAUAGGGAGGCAUAUGCGUAUGGUAGAUAAACCUGUAGUAAAAGACAGGAGUAUACUAAGUAAGGCAGUAAGUAUAAUAUUAUACCCAUUAACUAUAGUAAAAUAUUUAUUUAAGAGCAAGGGGAAUAACACGGGUAAUGUACAACUGUAG